ACAAGGACUUUCUAACAUGUCGGAUCUUCGCGUGCUUGAUCUGCGCCAAUGUCCGAUGACAGUAUUCCCACAGGGAAUAUUUCAAGGUCUGGACAGACUGGAAACUGUUUUUGCCGACAACUACAAGCUGUGUUGCCCGGCGACACUACCCCGAGGGUUCAACGUCCUCAACUGUCACGCUCCGUUUGACGAAGUGUCGUCUUGCGAUGAUUUGCUGCGCUCCAACCUGUAUCGGGUGGCACUCGCCAUCUUUGCCUCGCUCUCGUUACUGGGAAACCUCAGCACUUUGGUUUACCGCUUGAUUCUCCACAAAACCACCAGCAACGUGGGGUAUGAUGUCUUCGUCACUAACCUGUGUGUGGCGGACUUUCUGAUGGGUGUGUAUCUCUUGAUCAUCGGUAUAGUAGACCACAGGUAUAAAGGUGUUUACCUGUGGGAGGAUACAGGGUGGAGAAACAGCAGGCUGUGUAAUUUGGCAGGAUUUUUGUGUUUCUUGUCAUCUGAGGUAUCGGUUUUUAUUAUAUUUUUCAUUACUCUCGAUCGCUUUCUAGUUUUUCGUUUUCCAUUUAGCCAGGUACACUUUCGGAAGCAAUCAGCUGUGUUUGUUUGUGGUGUUACCUGGCUGGCAGGUAUGACAUUAGCCGCGAUUCCCCUUCUGCCGAUGACGUCACAUUGGAGCUUCUACAGCCAGACUAGCAUUUGUUUUCCCCUGCCGACAUCCCGGGUGGAUUUCCCGGGUCGCACUUAUUCUUUUGGUGUUAUUAUUGUAUUAAAUUUUAUUCUUUUUAUUUUUAUUUUAUUCGGUCAAAUGUUUGUUUACCAGUCUGUUCGUGCCAGUUCUAUUUCCUCUUCAUGUACGUCUAAAACUAUCAAAAGUUUUAAUGUUGCUCUACGCUUAAUGACUGUAGUGAUGUCGGAUUUUUUGUGCUGGUUUCCUGUUGGUUUGACAGGAAUCCUCGCUGCUAAUGAUAUUCUCAUUUCCGGAGAGGUUAAUGUGGGAAUAGCUAUUUUUGUUUUGCCUUUCAAUGCCUCGCUGAACCCUUACCUUUACACCCUCAACAUCUACCUAGAGCGCCGACGAUGUCGGAGGGAGGAAGAAAGACGAAAGCGGAUCAUCUCUCAACUUAAAUUAGUAAAUAGUUACAUCGCUCCAAACUAAAACUGAUGAGGUCCUUGGUAAUUAAGACUUUUCUCGUAUGAGGAACUAACAAAUGUAAAA